AUGCCCGUUCCGGAUACUAUUCGCCAGUCGCCGACUAUGGGAGAGGAGAUGGCUCAGUUCUCAGAACAGAACAUAAUGGGCAUGAAAUUCGAGACCCCUGAAAGGUAUUACGAGCUUGAACCAGUUGGUAUUGGCGUCUCUGGACUUGUAUGCUCUUCUAAAGAUAUGUUUACACGAAAAACGGUUGCCAUUAAGAAACUGGCAGAGCCGUUCAAGUCCGCGGUCGUUGCAAAGCAUAUGUUUCGGGAAAUAAAGUUGUUGAAGCAUCUUCAACAUGACAAUAUAAUUCACUUGAAAGAUAUUUUUGUUUCGCCAUCAGAAGAAAUUUAUUUGGUAACGGAUCGUUUCGCUGUUGAUCUGCACACACUCAUAAGAUCCAAAAAACUCGAAGAUCAAUUUACACAGUAUUUGCUGUAUCAGAUCAUGCGAGGUCUAAAAUAUGUACAUUCUGCGGGUGUCAUUCACCGUGACCUGAAGCCAGGGAACAUCCUUGUCAAUGAAAACUGUGAUCUCCAGAUCUGUGAUUUUGGACUGGCUCGUACUCAAAAGGCACAAAUGACCGGCUACGUCGUCACGAGGUACUACCGCGCUCCUGAGAUAAUGCUUACUUGGCGUCGGUAUGACGAGAAGGUGGACAUUUGGAGUGCUGCUUGUAUCUUUGCAGAGAUGAUAAUCGGAAGGCCCCUCUUCCCUGGUAAGAACUAUAUUGAUCAAUUCAGUGUAAUUACACAACUAUUGGGAAUGCCGCCAGAAGAAAUAAUGUCAAAGAUAACAAAUGAUAAUACGAUGAAAUUUGUCCGCUCGCUUCCAACGCGAAACCGAAAGCCUCUCUCAUAUUAUUUCCCGAAGACUGGCCACAAAGCUUUGUCACUCCUUGAUUCCAUGCUCCAAUACAAUCCCAGAUCACGACCCUCCGCAGCUGAAACGCUUACAUCUUCAUAUCUUGUCCCUUACCAUGACCCUACUGAUGAGCCAAGUGCGCCCGAAAAAUUCGAUUGGAGCUUUCUGGAGUCGGAAUACCCUCUUGACCUUUGGAAGUCUUUAAUGUAUUCUGAGAUUCUAGACUUCCACAAGGGCAAUGUUGGGAAUGGUAAUGAAGUACCUAGUAACAUUGCAUCAUACUUAAACUCCAUGGAGUUAAAUCCUCCAACUAGCCCGGAUAUGGAUAAAGAAGCUUCAGUCUCACCUAAGAAUAUCUCGCAUUCAAAUUGA